UUAUUUGCUCCACAUGGUGACGAUCGUCGCUUUAACGCUCCAAUUAUCAUCACCAUCACAUCCAUUGCAUUGAAUCGUCCAGUUGCUGGGGGACUUGUGCAUCUUCUUGAACCUGGUUGCUGCUGGAGCUGCUCUGGGAGUGCUCCUUUGCGACGAUCUGCGGACGAUGUUCCAGAUGGAUCGAGAGCUGAUUAGAGAUGCUGAAUGUGGGUGACAGAGGUAGUUGUAGCGUGGAUUGGGGAUCAUGGCGGGGAGUUCCGAAAACGAGAUCCAUGCCGGACAUGGGAGAGAAAGCCGUGACGAUGACGGGCAGGUGGGCAAGGAUGGGGGGGAGGGAAAAGUUGGGCACGAGAGAAAGGAUGGGAAGGAUGUAAGAGAGUACACGAAAAAUGUAGCAGUACCUGAGGAGGGUGGGAGAAACGAUCGCAGCAGUGAGAAUGUAGUUGUUUGUGAUGAGCACCCUGGAGAUGUAAAAGCGGGUAUUGAAAAUAGAUUGGAAUCUGAAAACUGUGAAAUCAAUGAGGAGCAAUCUGGAGAUGUAGCUGCUUCGGGUGUUGCUUGUGUUGUGAAUGGCGUUGAAGGUAGCCGUGUGGAGGAAUCAUUCGAUAGAGAGGCGGUAAGUGCAAAGAAUUCCUGUAAUGAGGAAGCAUCAAGUGCUGCUGCACUUGAUUCUGAUCGAAAUGGUGCUACAGAUGGCGCUCAAGAGGAAGUUGGAGCAGAUGUGAAUGCUGUAGUUCACAAUGAAUCGGAUGUAGAAGUUUCGGGUCAUGUCCAGGAAUUUUUAUCUGCUUUGUCGAAGGGGCAUGUUUCUUCUAAUUCUGAAGUUGAAGACGUCAUGGCGUCUAAGGAUUCUGAUGAGGUUGCUUCAGAUAUCAUGAACAAAUCUCCAAUGGACGGGAAUUUGAAUGUAAGGUCAAACAAGCAGAGUGUGUCUUCAAGUGAGACGCAGUCGAUGGAUACACUGGCUGCAGAGGACAGCAGAAUGGAUAGCACAGUUGAGGAUGGCAUCGCUACGAUUGUUACUCAAGAAGUGAAGAUCGCGGAAAAGGUUAACCAGAAUUACGAGCCUGAAGCACGUGAAGAUGACGAUUACACUCAGACACCGAACUUAGUAAAUCGCAUUGAAAUUUCUCUAUCUGAAUCGCCCAGGUUAACAUAUGUUGCCUCGGAAGACUCAAAUAAUUUGACUUACACCUGCUUAGAAUUAAAUCCUAGCGCCCCUAUUCACUUUAAUAACCAUGCUGCACCAACCUUAAAUUCAGGUGAAGCCAAUGCGGAUGAGAUAGAGCGCACUGGUGACGAAGUUUCUGGUUUAGCAGUAUCAGGCGAGUGUGUGGGUUAUAGUCGAGAUAUUGUUGGGAAUGAUUCAAAAUGGCGUGUGCCUCAAGCAGCUGAGGAAGAACAAGCAGAAGGCUUGCUAGUGCCUUCUGAAGAGGCAAUGCGCAAGAACCUGAAAUCCAAAUCAUUUUCUUCAAAAAGCGCAUCUUCUAAAUUGGUCUCUGGAAAGACAGCAGGUGAUUCAAUGGGUGACGAGGAUGACGUUGCACAGUACAUGACUUUACCGCAAGACGAGCAUCUCGACGCUUCCUCUCCCACUGCUUCCUCUCUCGAUGAAUCCGCUACCGCUGCGUCAAGACCACCUUUAAUACCCAGUAGCAGUAGUUUAGCUAGUCCGAACUCGUCUCCGGCAAAACAGCUUCCUGAAAUCGAAUCUCCCUUGCACAAGGGAACCGACAUUUCUAAGGAACAAAGUGGCGGCUUAGUUCAUUCAAAAUCCCUGGAUGUAAGUUCCUCCCAACACACAUUGACACCAAGCCUAAGACCUACACUCUCAUAUGACGGUGCAAGUUUCUUUCUUCCAAUACAGGAGCUCAAAGUUUUAAAGAAUUCACUGAUGCCUGACGCCCCACUGGAUCUAUUGACUUUGAUAGAUACUGUAAUUGAUGGAGUAGAUGAGAUUGGAUUCACAAAGCUUGCAAAAUUUGUGAGUGGUGAAGAGUGCUUUUCGUAUGUAGAAGGGGUAGCUUCUGAUAAUGUUGUGAUAGCAAGACUGGUCGUCGAUAUAUUGAUUGCGAAGAUGGGAGGAGUAGAGGGCCUGGACGAGAAAAAGGAAACGAUUGCCCCACGUGUACUGCUUCGUGCAGGGCCAGCCAUCCUAGGAAGUAAGCUUCUUCCAUGGCUGCCUUAUGAGGGUGAUAGUGAAACCUCGAUGUCUCCCAGAACAAGAAUGGCCAGGGCCUUGGUGCUUGUUUUGCAAGCAUGUACGAGAAAUCGGGCGAUGUGCUCAUCAGCAGGUCUUCUGCGAAGCUUAUUAUUAGCAUCUCAAGCGAUUUUUACCCAGGAAGCUAAUCUUAAGCAAGGAGAACAAUGGGAUACAAGUCUGUUGUUUGAUGCUUUUGAGGCUUUGGGCUCCCAUUGUCUUACUGUAUUAGACCUUCGUGAGUGGUUACGAACUGUUGCUAAAACAUUUGCGACUGGAAAGUCUCUGGACCUUGUUCUUACUUUGGAAAGAAGCAUAUCUGGUGAGGAAACGCGAGGACCUUCGCACACUUUUGAGUUUGAUGGAGCAAAUUCAGGACUGCUCGGCCCUGGAGAGGGUCGCUGGCCCUUUUCAAACGGCUAUGCAUUUGCAACAUGGCUUUAUGUUGAAGCUUUUGCUGAUGCAGUAAGUACAGCAGCGGCAGCUGCUGCUAUUGCAGCUGCUGCUUCAUUCAAGUCCAACAAGACGUCAGCUAUGUCAGCUGCAGCUGCAGCCAGUGCCUUAGCUGGGGAAGGCACAGCACACAUGCCAAGACUCUUUAGUUUUCUAUCCUUAGACAGUUUAGGAGUGGAAGCGUAUUUUCACGGAAAAUAUUUAGUCGUGGAUUGUGUCACUGGAAAAGGGAAGAAGUCUUCAGUUCACUUCACUUUUCCAUUUCAGCUUCGGCGCUGGUAUUUUAUUGGGUUGGAGCAUACCUGUAAGCAAGGCAUAUUAGGAAAGACUGAGAGUGAAGUGAAGCUAUACAUUGAUGGACGAUUAUGCGAAUCCCGUCCUUUAGUGUUUCCACGUCCUUCUAGUCUUGGUUUCUGUUGUAUUGGGACGAACCCACCGCCUGCAAUGGCUGGUUUGCAGAAGCGGCGGCUACAGUGCCCACUUUUUGCCGAAAUGGGGCCUGUUUAUUUGUUCAAAGAACCUAUAGGGCUUGAUAAAAUGACGAGGUUGUGUGGAAGAGGUGGGGAUGCUCUUCCUUCGUUUGGAGCAGGAGCUGGAGUUCCAUGGUUUGCAAAUAAUGAACAGGCGAUGUCAAUUGCAGAGGAUAGUGCAACUCUUGAUGCCGAGUUAGGUCCUGCCUUGCACCUUCUCUACCAUCCAAAGCUACUUUCGGGCCGCUCGUGUCCAGAUGCCUCACCUAUGGGCGCAUCAGGAUUGCAUAGGAAACCAGCAGAAGUCUUGGGACAUGUCUAUGUUGCUGCGAGAAUUCGUCCCACCGAAACGAUUUGGGCUAUGGCGGAAGGUGGUCCAAUGGCAUUGUUGCCUCUUACAGUGGGAUCAGUAAAUAAAGAGACUUUGCAACCCGUCUGCGACAAUGCAGAGAUUUCAUCAGCAGCAGCAUCCUUAUCUGCUCCCAUAUUUAGAAUGUUAGCCUUAACUUUACAGCAUGCUGGUAAUGCUGAAGAGAUAGCCAGAAGUUAUGCGCCCCGGUUGCUUGCGCGGUUGUUGAGACAUCUGGUAUGUGUGCCAAUCUUGGAUGGUGCUGAAAGAACAGCAUACAAUUACAGGACAGAAGAAAGAGACGAAGAACUGGUUGUAGCAGUUAUAGCUUUAGCUCAGGCGCCCAAAGACCAUGUGGCCUUGAAAGUACAGCUUUAUAGCAGUCUUCUUUUAGACCUCAAACUUUGGAGCUCUUGUUCUUACGGUCUUCAGAAGAAGUUGUUGUCUACAUUAGCAGAUAUGGUCAUCAUUGAAGCUGAAACCAUGAGAGGUGCUAAUGCAGUUCAAAUGCUUCUGGAUGGUUGUCGCCGCUGCUAUUGGUUGAUUCCAGAAGAGGAUUCUAUACAUUCGUUUUCUGGAGGAAAUUCUACCCGCUUCCCAGGGGAAUUGAAUGCUCUAGUUGACGAGCUUCUUGUCGUCGUUGAGCUGCUUGUUGGUUCCUCAGCUUAUGAACCAUCACUCUACACAGAUGUCUGCUCUCUCGUACAGUUUGUACUUGACUGCCCUCAGCCUAAUCAGGUGGCUAGGGUGCUUCAUCUUAUCUAUCGACUGGUGGUGCAACCAAACACAGCGAAGGCGGGAAUUUUUGCAGAGACUCUUCUUGCUAGUGGUGGAGUCGAAAUGCUCCUUACUUUAUUGCAGCGAGAAGUCGAAUUGGGAGAACGUCCAAGCUUAGUAGCUCCUGGCGACGCUGAAAACAAAACGGGUUCAGAUAUGCAAGAUACUCAACAAGGUGUGCUGGAGAAGACCAAUGGUAACAAGAAUGAUCUAGCUGUCGAUGCGAAAGCAUCUGGAGAUGCGGAAAAUGUCGACAACAAAGGAAAGUUGAGUUACCUUAUGACCUCGAAAUUUCUUGAUGUGUCGGGAUUGCUUGAUCAGGAUAAUCGGCAAUGGCCUUUACCAACCCAAGAAGUUGUUUCAGUGGCACGGUCCUCUGCUCAGAGAGGGGCAAACCUGGGUGGCAUCAGCAUAUCCAUAAGUGCUGAUACAGCCCGGAAUAAAUUUCGAAAUGUUGAUUCUGGAGAUGGAAUAAUGGUUGGAAUCGUUAGUCUUCUUGGGGCGCUUAUCGGGAGAGGGCACUUAAAGGCCAUGAGCUCUACUUUAGCUGCUUCCCAACCUGUUCCAAAAAUGGUGGCCAACCCCGUGUUAGGAGAAGGGUUUCCUGGUGCUUCUGCCACAGCUGUUGUGUGGCUGUUGUACGCUUUGGAGAAAGCUUUCCAAGCCGCGCCAAAUAGGCAGAUGACAGUGAAUGUGUACGCAGCACUGUUGCCUGCCGUCAUCAGGUCAGAGGUUGGAACCUUAUCAUCAGAAGAUCGGCUAGCUCUCUAUGAUUGUGGGCACCGUUUUGAGCAUGUUCAGCUGCUUUUGGUCCUUCUGCAUUCUCUUCCAUUUGCCCCUAGACAACUCCAGCUUCGGGCACUACAGGACUUACUUUUGCUGGCAUGUACGCAUCCAGAAAAUAGGACUUUACUCACCACGAUGCCGGAAUGGCCAGACUGGCUUCUUGAAAUUCUCAUAUCGCUUUAUGAGUCAAAUCCUGAUGGACGUAAAGACACCUCAAACGCCGAGGAGAUCGAAGAUCUUGUAUACAGCUUCCUUGCUAUCAUGUUGGAGCAUUCCAUGCGUUUGAAGGAUGGGUGGAAGGAUGUGGAAGCUACUAUUCACUGUGCUGAAUGGCUGACGCUGGUGGGGGGUCCUGCCAAGGGAGAGGAACGGCAGCGACGAGAGGAGGCUCUUCCAAUUAUAAAGCGGAAAAUUUUGGGAAAUCUAGUGGACUUUGCAGCUAGUGAAUUAAACCUGCAGACUCAAAUUGUAGCAGCUGCAGCGGCAAAUGUUGCAGCUGAAGGAUUGUCUCCACGAACCGCUAGGGUAGAGGCUGAAGCUGCUGCCGCUUUGUCCAUGUCCCUUGCUGAGAAUGCACUGGUGCUGUUAAUGCUAGUAGAAGAUCAUUUGCGUUUGGAAUCUCAGUACUUUUAUUCAACAAUUCCUUCAAGUUCCGAUAGUGGUGGUGACGCUACUGCUCCUAUCCUUACUAGCGUACCCAGUCGUAGACAUAGCGCUAUUGGGAUUGAAGUCAGAAAGCCUCCUCUUGAUAACUCUGCUUCCAGAAGGCUCUCCAUCACAUCGGACAGUACUGGUAGUCUAUCACUUGAGACACUGGCUUCUAUGGCUGACGAAAAUGGUCAGAUAUCAAAUGCUGCUAUGGAACGACUUACGGCCUCUGCAGCUGCUGAACCAUUUGACUCUGUCCGGUGUGCCUUUGCUUGCUAUGGGAGCAUUGGGUUAGAGUUGGCUUCAAGUUGGAAAAAACGAAGUCGAUUGUGGUAUGGUGUUGGAUUGCCUCGGAAAGGUUCAAACUUAAGUGGAGGUGCUGAGGGCUUUGAUGUCUGGCAAUCCAGAAUGGAAAGAGAUGGUAGUGGGCAAUGGGUUGAACUACCCCUGGUGAGAAAAUCCAUGACCAUGCUACAAGCCCUGCUGUUAGAUGAAUCUGGUCCUGGAGGAGGGGCAGGAGGUAUACAGGGAUUUGGUGGCGGAGCAGGCACUGGAGCAGGAGGAGCUCAGCUGCAACAACUUUUGGAUAGUGACCAACCAUUUUUUGCCAUGAUUCGUAUGAUUCUUGUGUCCUUGAGAGAGGAAGAUAGGGGCGAAGACUCUGUAGAAUCAACGAACACCUUGGUUAGGACCAGUUCAUCUGACGUUGGCUCCAGUAAGAUGAGGGAUAUGAAAGUGCCAAGUGCGCUUAAGAUUCAAGAACUGGCCUCAAGAAGAGCAAAAUCUUCUUUAUUGUGGUGUGUGCUGGCGCCGUUGCUUACGAUGCAACUUUUUGAGUCCCGGAGGCAACGUGUGCUUGUAGUUGUGUGCAUUUUCUAUGCAGAGGUCUGGCAUGCAGUAAAUGAUGAUAGAAAUGUCCUUCGGAAGCAGUAUCUUGAGACGAUCGUCCCACCCUUUGCAGCCCUUUUGAGGCGUUGGAGACCUCUACUGUCGGGUAUCCAUGAGUUUACAGAUGCAGAGGGGCAGAGUCCUCUUGCAGUUGAAGACCGUCCUCUUGCAGUUGAUGCACCUCCAUUAGAGGCCGCUUUGGCAAUGAUCACCCCAGCCUGGGCAGCUGCCUUUGCAUCACCUCCGGCUGCCAUGGCCCUGGCUAUGGCUGGUGCUGGAGUUAGUGGUGGAGAGUUGCAUCCAAGAUCCAAGCGACACUCAGCAUCCACUGAUGAUCGAUCUUCUCGGCUUUCAAUAACAGGAAGUUUUCAACGGCCAUUGGACUCUCAAGCAAGUUUUCAACGACCUAAUCCAAUAACUCCAAAAGAUAAGGCAACUGCUAAAGCGGUGGCUCUGGCUGCUGCACGUGAUCAAGAAAGAGCAGCUCGGGUAGGCUCAGGACGUGGGCUGGGCGCUGUAGCCAUGGCAACAUCAUGGCAGCGUAGAACUGUAACAGAUAGAGAAAGGACAAGGCGUGGGAAUAUUGCUGAGGCGAUGAGCAAUACUUGGCGUGACUACAAUAAAGGUGAAGAUUUUGCCGGAAUAAAUAUUAGUGAAUCUGCGCACUCACUCUUCGGUGUCCUUCCUGCUAUGGUGGAAACUGCAAGGCGGAUGCGUAUUCUGGAGGUCAAUAGGCGUUCGAUAGCUGCUGCUGCUGACGAGUUCGGCACAACUGUAGGAGGACGAGUUUGGCGUUCUCUUAUUCGUCGUUUGCAAGAGAUGGGUGCACUUUUUGGCGCUAUUACGAAUCAGAUUGGGCCCUUGGAACGGGUGUACUGGAAAUUGGAUACUUUUGAGAAUUCUCUUCGCAUGAGAAAGCGAUUGAAGCAGAACUACAAGGGUGUGGAUCAUCAUACACCAAUAAUUUUUCGUGAGCAAUCUCAGCGUGGAAGUUUUGACGGUGUAAUUCCUGUGACGUCUUCAAUGGCUAAGCUUAUCACUGCCGAUAGUAGUGCUGAUGGCGCAGGAGAAGUGACUCCUACAUCUGAGGAAGCAGUUUCCUUGCUCAGAAAGGAGGAUCUUAAUAGUAAAAAUGAGAUAGGCCCCUCAGGGGUAGCACGAGUGCAGUCCUCACCUACAGUUGCAGCUGCAACUAGUUCAUCAUCCUCUGCUACCCCUGCGCCAACGCCUGCAGCUCCCUCCGUUGCAGAGCCUAAGGAGGUUUUAAUUUUGGAAAUGCCUGGAGUUAUGAUUCAGCCGUUGAAAGUUCGAGGAGGAAUGUUCCAGGUUACAACACGGCGUAUUUGCUUCAUGCUAGAUGAUCGCGUGCAGAUGAACGAGUCAGGUGUUGCAGUCUUGCUUGGUGCAGAUGGUGUGUCUGAAAUAGAGGCAGGAGGGGAUGUGGAAGGAAGGAGGAAACAAAGAAAGGAUGGGUCUAAAGAUAGGCUUUGGCCCUUGUCGAUGUUGAAAGAGAUAUACACUCGAAGAUAUGCCCUGCGAAAGAGUGCCUUGGAGAUGUUCAUGACAGAUAGAUCUAAUUGUCUUUUUCAUUUUGGGACGUCGGAGGCAAGGAAAAGGGUGUAUAAGGCCAUUGUCGAAGCAAACCCUCCUGUAAUGAAUUCUAUUCAUGCUGCUACACAGAAACCAGAACAAAUGCUGAAAAGGUCACAAUUGGCACAGCAAUGGGCUAAUAGAGAGAUCAGUAAUUUCGAGUACUUAAUGCAGCUGAACACUUUGGCUGGCAGAUCAUACAAUGAUAUUACUCAGUAUCCGGUUUUUCCAUGGGUGCUUUCUGACUACACCUCAUUGCAUUUGGACUUGGAAGACCCACAAGUAUAUAGAGAUCUCUCCAAGCCAGUUGGAGCUUUAAAUGAGACGCGUUUGAAGGACUAUCUGGAAAGAUAUGAAAGCUUUGAAGACGCUACUAUACCCAAGUUUCACUAUGGUUCUCAUUAUUCGAGUGCUGGCGUGAUAAUAUAUUUUAUGCAGCGUGUGGAACCAUAUAGUACAAUUUCAAAUCAGCUGAAAGCGAAGAAGAUGAAUUAUGUGAACAGCAUGUUCUCUGACAUUGCAUGUGCUUGGAAUGAGGUGUUGGAGAACUUGGAUGAUGUGAAGGAACUGGUCCCUGAGCUGUUCUACUUGCCAGAAGUGCUCCUGAGUGAUUCAGAGAUGGUUCCGGAAGAUUCUCAGGGAGAUAAGCUACUUGGAGAUGUCAAGCUACCACCUUGGGCAUCCAAUCCUGUUGAUUUUAUUCAAAAGCAUCGGGCUGCUCUGGAAAGUGAAUAUGUAUCGAACCACCUGCACGAGUGGAUUGAUCUCAUAUUCGGGUACAAACAGAAAGGCCCCAACGCUGUGGCUGCUCACAACGUGUUCUUCUACUCUACAUAUCCAGGAGCUGUGGAUGUGGACAAGAUCUCAAACCCGACUCUUCGUAAGGCAACUCGGGAUCAUAUAUUAUACUUUGGUCAAACCCCACUCCAGCUUCUCACUACUCCUCACAUCAAACGGAUGCCAGCAAAUAACGCUCUACAUUUGCAGACGGUUUUUCGCAAUCCCCAAGCAACAAAGGCAUAUGCGAUACCUUUUCCAGACCGACUGAAUGUUCCUGCAGCUGAGAUGCGUAUAACGCAAGAUGCUGUUUUAACUGUAGACAUGGAGGUUCCAAGUUGUCAUGUAGCUGUGCACCGGUGGCAAGCCAAUACCCCAGACGGCAAGGGAAAUCCCUUCUGUUUCCAGCAUGGAAGGCUUGGAGCCACUCCUAAUAAUGGUGGAUUGGUCAGAAUGUUCAGAGGGUAUUCAGAGGUAGAUGAAGACAGUCGUUACCCUAGAGUUAUCACAUUGGCUGCUCCAGGAGUAAGGCUUGGGACUGUGGUGGCAAUUACACCUGAUGGUCGGUACCUCUUGACAGGUGGACACGCUGACAAUUCUUUGAAGGUUGUAGCUACAGACAAUGCGCAUGCUUUGGAAACUGCUUUUGGGCAUUGUGCACCAAUUACAUGCUUGGGACUCUCGCCUGAUGGCAGUACCUUGGUUUCAGGAUCAAAAGAUGCCACUGUAAUAUUAUGGCACAUCCUAAGUGCAGCUAAUUCUGGUGUUGGAAGUAGCAAUUCUGAUGCUGCGUCAGUGGUGGAAGCAGCAGCAGCGGUUAGGUCCAUAGCCACUACCGAAGCUACUGAAGCUAAUGUAAGCAUGGUAGAAUUCAGGCGCCGGCACAUAGAAGGACCAGUUUAUGUGCUACGGGGACAUGUUGAUGAAUUAAUAUGCUGUUGUGUGAAUCAUGACCUGGAUCUCGUGGUAUCUAGUUCUCACUCACGAGGUGUCCUGCUCCACUCCAUUGCUAGAGGCCGAUUCUUGCGGCGUCUGCCUGUGGACCGAGCUGACAUGGUCGCUCUAUCUUCGGAAGGCAUUAUCGUAGUAUUCAACAGAUUGUCAAGAGUUCUGCAGACAUUUACAGAAAACGGCAACUUGGUUGCAUCGAAGCUGCUUCCAUCCUGGGAGGGAAGUAUAUCAUCUCUGGUGGUGUCGAAAGAUGGAUUGCACGCUGUUAUAGGAACAAGCUGCGGAAGGCCAUUAGCAUCCGAUAGCAGAUUGCAAUGCAAAAUCGGACCUGCCGCUGGAGUACAGCAGCCUUCGGCAAUGGGAAUGCAACCUGAUCACCCUUCGAGCAUAAGCAGGGCCGUUUCCAUUCAUAGUGAUUCAUCAGAGAAUUCGAGUGUGUCGAAGGCGACAGAAUCUGUUGGAGCUAGCAGUGAGCCAGCAUUCACCUAUGAUCCCCAGCCAGCAAUUAUCCUUCUUGAGCUUUAUACUCUCGAGGUGAUCCAGAAGUUCAUGUUGAAGAAGGGGCAGGACAUUACAGCUAUGGCUCUAAACUGUGACAAUAGUAACCUGUUGGUCUCAACAGCUAAUCGGCAACUGUUGGUCUUCACUGACCCUUCAUUGAGUGUGAAGGUUGCACAGCAGAGGCAACGUUUUGGUGGAAGUGUAAAUGCAGGGGGGUCUUCAUAGCAGUUAUCCAAAGGGUUAAAAAUGCAGUUGCUUGUGGUAAACAUACAAUUUUGUUAGUAUAAAGUCGUCACCGUUGUGCACGGCUGAUUUUAUUUUUCUACAAGAUGAGCAGAAACUGGGUUAUGGAUACUCAAGGAUGCGAGUUAGAUCCUACUCACGAAUUUAAAAUUAGUGGGUCUACUUGUGGAAACUGAUGAACAAGCAUGUCUAGCAUAGGAUGUUGUGCCAUGUACACUUGUAGAUUGGUGCAUAAAUUAAUGGUAUUAAACAGCAUAUGAACAAUGGUUAAACAUUUACAGGAUAAUCACAUUCAAUUGCUUGUUCAUAUAUUAGGUCAUGUAUUUACACUGUGAUGCCUAUGCUGGCCGCAAUACAACACAUCGCUUCAAAAUUUUA